UCCCAUAGUGCACCCGAACCAUCCAAUCCUCACAUUGAUAACAAUAAAGAUCAAGAAACUGAAAAUAAUCAGUUAGAUCUUGAUAAUAAUGAAAAUGAUGAGAUUUCUAAUCUUGAAGAUAAUGACA